AUGAGCGAGACGGAGGCUGCGUCGCUGGUCGAGGCCGAUGCGACGCGCAAGCAUCUUAUUCUUACUGAGCUCUUUGGUGUGCAUCCAAGAGCGAUUGUCGAUGCAUUGGUCGUCUCGGCCAACGAGCAUUUGUAUAUUUUAGGGUCGCAGUUGGAGGAUCAUGUUCGUUCGUUGCUACACGAUCGUGAGGAGGCCGACAAGGAGGCUGAGGAAGGUGUUCAUUCGAUCUUAACACUAUUAGAGCAUGCUAUUGAUCAUACGAUGGACACUUUUGAACUGUACUGUCUACGCUCCAUCUUUGUCGUGACUCCUGAGCAGUCGCGACUCAUGACCAUGUCGCACCAUCGAGGUUUGGAUUUGCGGCCGUUGGAGGUACGGCAUGCCGAGAACCCUAUGCAAGAGUCUGAGGCACCUGUGGAAACCAUACCUGACGCAGAAGAUCGGUUAUGGCGUCAAAUUGCAUGCGCUCGGGCUACACAGCAUCGAUUGGCGCAAGCGGAGGCCGCCGCCCAAGUACGUUUGCAGCGUGUGCAAGCGGUGGCACAGGCCUAUCAAUUUAUCCUUGACGGCGUCCAGCCCUUUGUACAGGCUGCUCAGCAUGAAUCGCCCGAUGUGGCUGUUGUUCAAGCGGCUGAAGAGGUCUCGUCGAACGUCUACAGCGUCAUGGAAGCGCUGGAUACUUUGCGCAGUGCUGAGCCAUUGCAUGUGGCCCUCACUGAUCCCUCGGCCAUUCCACCUGACUCGUCCAAUGCGCAUGACGACGAAGCCAAGCGGGAAUGGGAAAAGGGCCGUGAUGCUUACUUGACCUGGGAGACGCAACGCAUUCUGGCAGCAAUGAAGCGAUAA